GCAAGGGGUUUAAAGCCCCAGGCUGUUCCAUCCACGGGCGUGUCCUGCUGCGAAGAUUUGCUGCCCAGUUGGCUGUGCUGCAUGGUGUGGAGCUGUGGACUUAGGCACUGCCAUGUCCCUGGGGGUCAUUUUUCUUCUUGGACUUGUGUCUUGCUGGGAUCAAAGGAUUUGGGCACAAACGGAUCUACCUGAAGUCUACCUAAAUCCUCCUGGAGAUGAAUACCUUCCCACUGUGAUUGUGACCUCAGUCAUCAGCAUUCUACCUUUCCUCUUCCUCCUUAUCUUUCUCCUCUGCUGGUGCUGGUGUCGAGCCAAAAACAGAGCCACUGAGGAUGACACCAAGGGCCAAGUGAAUGAUAACAGCUCCAGCCCAGACAUGGACUUCCAGGAAGAAAAUCAACAUGACGUCUCAGUGGAUAUCCCGCCUGAGGAGGACAGACAAAUGGACAUGCAUCCCGCACCCAGGGCUUCCCUCCUGGCUAUACAGCUCAGGACAGGCCGAGGAACCAUGUCCCCAACCAUGGCUGCCUUCUUCUGUCUUGGGCUGUGUCUGGGGCAGGUGAUACAGGCUCAGAAAGGCCUGCUGCCCAAGCCUUCCCUCCAGGCCCGGCCCAGCUCCCUUGUGCCCCUGGGGAAGCCGGUGACCAUCAGCUGCCAGGGCCCUCCAGGCGCGGACUUGUACCGCCUGGAGGAACUGAUAUCCCGGAAGUAUUUGGACCAGGCGGAGCUCUCCAUCUCGGCCAUGGAACAACGCUUCGUCGGACGCUACCGCUGCUCCUAUCAGAGCGGGACCAGCUGGUCUCCCCCCAGCAACCAGCUGGAGCUGGUUGCUACUGGAGUUUUCACCAAGCCCUCGCUCUCAGCCCAGCCCAGCACGGCAGUGGCCCCAGGAGUGGACGUAACUCUACGGUGUCACACCCAGUAUAGUUUUGACCAAUUUGCUCUGUACAAGGAGGGGGACACUGGGCCCUACAAGACACCUGAAAGGUGGUACCAGGCUGAUUUUCCCAUCACCACGGUGACUGCUGCCCACAGUGGGACCUACCGAUGCUACAGCUUUUCCAGCAGAUCUCCAUACCUGUGGUCGGCCCCCAGCGACCCCCUGGAGCUCGUGGUCACAGGGACCUCUUUUACCCCCAGCUGGUUGCCUACAGAACCACCUUCCUCUGUGACAGAAUUCUCAGAAGCCUCCAAGAAACUGAACCACUCACUCGUGAACGAAGUUGCCACCACUGAAACUUCUAGGAAUAUCACCAUCCUUCCAAAGGAGUCAGACCCUCCAUCUGGUCUUGCCUUCCAGUAUUACACUAAGAGCAAUCUGGUCCGGAUAUGCCUCGGGGCCGUGAUUCUAAUACUCCUGGUGGGGCUUCUGGCAGAAGAUUGGCACAGCCGAAAGAAACCCCUGAUGCACCGGGUCAGAGCUGUCCACAGGCCGCUCCCACCCCUCCCUCAGACCCAGAAGUCACACAGUUGUCAGGAUGGGGGUCGAUCAGAUGAGCAUAACUGAGGAUACCAUCAUUAGAAUCCCAAGGCUUGGUUGUAUCUGAGAGAUAGGUCAUGGGAGUGGGGAGGGGACUUGGUGUGGAGUGUGAGAGUAAAAGGAUAGAGCCUACAGCUGUGGAAAAGGAGGGCGGCGGCAGGGGAUGUUCUUCUUGGUGCCCCAUCAAGGAGUUGAGUCAGUGUCUAUUUGGCUGUAUGUCCUAGGACUCUCUUUGUUUGGGAUGGAAGGAAUCUAGUGGAUGCCAUAGUCUCCUCACCGAUAUCUUGCUCAUUGUGGACAUUGUGGCACCUCACUUGGGCCAUCACACUUAUCUCUUUCUUCAACCUUCCCUAAUACGAGUUUCAGAUCGACUUCUAAUAUUCCCACCUCUCACAGCUGACCUGUUCUAUCCUUUGCACAAAACUCUCCCACGUUUCCCCCGUGCACACCCCGUGCUUUUUUUUCUUUUCUUUUUUUUUUAACUGGAGUAUAGUUGAUGUACAAUGUUGUGUUGGUUUCUGGUACAGCAAAGUGAAUCAGUUCUGUGCUUUUUUUCCUGAUUAUCCCCAAACCUAACCCUUGCUCUAGCCCUAUCUUAAGCUGUAGUCUGAAAAAUCUCCUUUUGUUUCUCGAGAUGUGCCUGGUUCUUUCAGGCUUUGGGGCAUUCUGUUCUUUCCCCUUAGAAUAUAAUAAUAAUUAUAACCAACAUGCCAGUGGCUUGCCUUUAUAUUAGAAAAAAAGUCCAAAGUCCUAAGUUUGUGCUAAAGGCUAGAAUAUGUAAAUCCAUAGAGAUAGAAAACAGAGUGGUUGGUUGACAGGGGUUGAGGGGAGAAAGGAAUGGGAGUAAUUACAUAAUCAGUAUUUUUUUUUUUUUUGCGGUACGCGGGCCUCUCACUGCUGUGGCCUCUCCCGUUGCGGAGCACAGGCUCCGGACGCGCAGG